UAAAAUUCAGACUUGUUUAUUUGGCAAAUGAUAUUUCCUGGUCAGUGGCAGUAGCUCAUCCUACUGCAUUUACUUGGAACGGAAUUUGGAUCACUGAGUAGUUUGUUUUCAUUUUCACAACAAUUUCAUCAACUUCAUCAAUUUCAUCAACUAUUAACAUGAAGCUACAGUCAAAAAGAGGAAACCAGAAGACUUCAGACAUUUUUAUAUAAUACCACCGGCUGGAAGGACUGUGCAGAAGAUGGAAAUAUCUGCUUAAUCUGAAGAAAUAUCACAGCAAACCUGGAUGUUUACAGAGAUCCUCAGAACAUCCAGAGAAGGAUGUAAGGGCCUCUGAGGAAAAGAUAAAGGAGAGGAAGAAGCUGUUUAAGAUCCCAGUUUUAAAGGAGAAAUGUCAGCCUAUCAAUCACUUGGAAGAACCAUGCUGGGUGAGAUGGAUGGGACCAAGCAAAAAGGAGAGAAUGUCACCUUCUAUGAUGACGGCAGGAGAUCGGAACUCAGAGUCAUCCUUGUUGGCAAAACUGGAGCUGGGAAAAGUGCAACAGGAAACUCCAUCCUUGGGAAAAGAAAGUUUGAGUCCAAACUCGGGGCAAAGUCAGUAACUUUGACUUGUGAAAAGGGGCAAAGGAGCUGGAAUGGGAGGGAGCUUGUGGUUAUUGACACACCUGCCAUUUUUGACCAAAAGGCUUGUGAGCCAGUAACUUCUAGAGAGAUUGUUCGCUGUAUCGCGCUCUCUGCCCCUGGCCCCCACGCUCUGCUGCUGGUGACCCAGCUGGGCCGUUACACUGAGGAAGACAAGUACGCAGUGAAGCGAGUACAGGAGAUUUUUGGAGUUGAAUCCAUGAGGCACAUGAUUGUCCUGUUCACCCGGAAAGAAGAUUUAGCGGUCGGCUCACUGCAUGACUACGUGAGAUACUCAGAUAACAAAGAUCUGAAGGGGCUGAUUCAGAAGUGUGGGGAUCGAUAUUGUGCUUUCAAUAACAGAGCAACUGGAGCAGAACAGGCUGAACAGGUUUCUGAGCUGAUUGAAAUGAUCCAGAGAACGGUUCAGGAGAAUGGGGGCAGGUAUUACGUCAGUGAGGUGUAUUUGGAACCUAAUUUAACGGAACAAAAAGUGAGGUAUCUUACUGGAAUAAAUAAAAGAACCAGGGUGACCACUCUUUUUACCAAGUAUAGGAAAGUUAUUUUGGCCUUUGGGGUUCCUGCAUUAGUUAUUGUAUUUCUCCUGAUCUACCUCUUCGCUAACAGUCUUCAAUAAAGCCUCGUUGCAACCUACUGCGUCCCAAACCCUGCAUCUCAGCUUCUCAGGCACCCUCACCCUUAUGUUAGUGCAGCACAUUCAUACAAUAUGACUAAAGCUAUCAGCAUUUGUUCUUUAUUAAUGAUAUAUAUUAGAACAAUUUAAAUAUGCUGAACCAGUUUCUACACUCAGUUACUCUGGAUUUAGAAUGGUUUAACUCCAUUAACUUAAGAGUAACCGUAUGGAUUUACAGUCCUGUAUCAGCUCUCAGCCUGCAUUUGUAAUGGAGUGUUUCCAUUAGCUUCCCUGGAAUACUCUGCAUUGACAGCCAGGUCACUGAGGGAAGAAUUAGGCCCUUUGGCUAGAGCUGAGAGAUCUAUUCAGCUCUCACGUAAAUUUAUAGUAGCUCAAACUGCAACAUCAAACAGGGCAGUCAUUUUACUAAAAAUAAAAUCUCAGGGCAAAGUUCAGACUAGGUGUAAAUUGGUGAAACUCGACUGACCUUACUGGAGUUACACCAAGGAUUAGCCUGGCCCCAUUGCCAAAGCUUCUUUUGAUAUUUUGAAAAGCAAACUUUAAAACCCACCAAAGAUGUGACAUGGUGAUAUGCAGCAUUGUUUUUUUCUUUUCUUUAAGAUAUCCUGUCUAAGCUCCUAAAUGCUUAAAUCCCAUUUGAAAAUGAGACUUAUGCUCUUAAACCAGUUAGGCAUUGCAAUGCUGAGAGCAACAAAGCCUAAAUGCCUUUAAGAAUCUAGCCCUAUGUCUACAAGGAAAAUUAACCUUACAGAAUCAGCCUUGGUUUUUCACACUGUUAAAAGUUACAAUGCUAAGAUUAAAUUACUUUAGCUUACUUACAAAACUGUGAUUGUUAAAUUAAUUUCUCCAAGCAAACCCAGGCUGUGAGUCUGAGUCCCUCAAUCCCAACUGCCAAAGGGUCAUUGUCCUAUAACAGCAACUCCUACUUGGCCUGUCCGCCACAUGGCUGUCAGAGUAUUUAUCUGUAAUGAAGGUCAUGUGAGAGUCAAAUGAAAGCUUAUAGCAUACUGCAUGAUGUAUGUACAGGAAAUAAUUAAAUUGUGUGUAUGUAUUAAAAUAUGUUCAAAUCACAGGGUUUGAUAAACAGGGUUGACAAACAAGUCUUUCCCCAGCAAAGGAAUGUUGAUGUACCUGUCUGCCUAGGUCUCUGAUGUAAGUCAAGUAUUGUGAAGCCAAAUGCAAUGGCAGGUACAUUUGCAUCUGAGGUAAACAGGAAGAUUAGGUUAGCCGGAGGAUGAAGAAAGCACCAUGAUGUCAGCACACCAGAGAAUGAGCUGCGGGUGUGGGGGACGGGACCUUUCUCUGUGGGUACACUGGGAAAAGAAUACAUUUCAAAGGUUUACUGGAUAAUAAGAAGGAGGAAGAAAAACUCCUUGGUUAUCCUUCACUGAAGAAGCAAAAGAGGACAGUGCUUUUUGCAUUCAUGAAAGUUGGAUCUUGGCCAUGUGAGCCAGUGACUUUAGGUGAGAAACUGCUUUACAAAAGAUUAACUUGCUGAAGUUAAGUCCUGGUCUUGUAGAAGUGGAUUAUCUUUUUGCUUUAUUUGUAAUCAAUUAUUUCCAUUAUCCUUACUCAGUAUCACUUAAAUCUCUAGCUUUGUUAAUAAACUUCUUCUUGUUUAUCACAA